AUGGGGAAGCCCGAAAGCCCGGUAGGGAUGGUGGAGAUUGCUGGCUGGCCGGGACAGAAGCACCGAGGCUUCCUGGAGGGGGGGCUGCUGCUGCUGCUGCUCCUGGUGACCGGUGCCCUGGUGGCCCUGGGCCUCCUCUAUGCUGCCAACAGCAGAGGGAAGCAGCUGACACUCUUUCCUAGCCGGCUUUGCUUCUCAAAGGAAGAGAAGACCAUUGUAAAACGAAAACCCCGAGCCAUCCAAGAGCCCAAGGAGAUGGGCGAAAUCUGCACCACCCCUGGCUGUGUGAUAGCGGCCUCCAGGAUCCUCCAGAACAUGGACCCAUCCAGGGAGCCCUGUGAGGACUUCUACCAGUACGCAUGCGGAGGCUGGCUGCGGCGCCACGUGAUCCCCGAGACCAACUCCCGAUACAGCGUCUUUGACAUCCUCCGAGACGAGCUGGAGGUGAUCCUCAAAGGGGUGCUAGAGAAUGCCACCGCCCAGGACAGGCCGGCUGUGCAGAAGGCCAAGAUGCUGUACCGCUCCUGCAUGAACGAGAGCGUGAUAGAGAAACGAGACUCACAGCCCCUGCUAAACAUCCUGGACGUGAUGGGAGGCUGGCCAGUGACCAUGGAUAAGUGGAACCAGAGCGUAGGCCCCAAGUGGGAGCUGGAGCAGCAGCUGGCCUUGAUGAACACACAGUUCAACAGGCGUGUCCUCAUUGACCUCUUCAUCUGGAACGAUGACCAGAAUUCUAGCCGGCAUAUCAUCUACAUAGACCAGCCCACCUUGGGCAUGCCAUCCAGAGAGUACUAUUUCAACGAGGGCAGCAACCAGAAGGUGCGGGAAGCCUACCUGCAGUUCAUGAUGUCAGUGGCCAUGAUGCUGCGGGCAGACAUGAACCUCCCAGAGAACAGCUACCUGGUGCAGGAGGACAUGGUGCAGGUGCUGGAGCUGGAGACGCGGCUGGCAAAUGCCACGGCCCCCCAGGAGGAGAGGCACGAUGUCACUGCCCUAUAUCAUAGGAUGGGCCUGAAGGAACUCCAGAGCAAGUUUAGCCUGAAGGGGUUUAACUGGACCCUCUUCAUACAAUCUGUGCUGUCCUCUGUCAAAAUCAAACUGUUGCCAGAUGAAGAAGUGGUGGUCUAUGGCAUCCCCUACCUUCAGAACCUUGAAGAAAUCAUCGAUGUCUACUCAGCCAGGACCAUGCAGAACUACCUGGUCUGGCGCCUGGUGCUGGACCGCAUUAGUAGCCUGAGCCAGCGAUUCAAGGAUGCACGGGCAAACUACCGCAAGGCGCUGUACGGCACAACCGUGGAAGAGGUGCGCUGGCGAGAGUGUGUUAGCUACGUCAACAGCAACAUGGAGAGCGCUGUGGGCUCCCUCUACGUCAGGGAGGCCUUCCCUGGAGACAGCAAGGACGCGGUCAGAGAGCUCAUCGACAAGGUACGGGCGGUAUUCGUGGAGACCCUGGAUGAGCUGGGCUGGAUGGACGAGGAGUCCAAGAAGAAGGCCCAGGAGAAGGCCAUGAACAUCCGCGAGCAGAUUGGGUACCCAGACUACAUUCUGGAGGAAAGAAACAAGCACCUGGACGAGGAGUACUCCAAUCUGAACUUCUCGGAGGACCAGUACUUUGAAAACGGUCUCCAGAACCUCAAGGCUGGCGCCCAGCGGAGCCUCAAGAAGCUGCGGGAGAAAGUAGACCAGAACCUCUGGAUCAUUGGGGCGGCCGUGGUUAAUGCAUUCUACUCCCCGAACCGAAACCAAAUAGUGUUCCCUGCUGGGAUCCUACAGCCUCCAUUCUUCAGCAAACAUCAGCCUCAGGCCUUGAACUUCGGGGGCAUUGGGAUGGUGAUUGGGCAUGAGAUCACCCACGGCUUUGACGACAAUGGCCGUAACUUUGACAAGGAUGGGAACAUGCUGGAUUGGUGGAGCAAUUUCUCGGCCCAGCACUUCCAGGAGCAGUCGGAGUGCAUGGUCCACCAGUACGGGAACUACUCCUGGGACCUGGCGGACAACCAAAACGUGAACGGGUUCAGCACACUCGGGGAAAACAUCGCCGACAACGGAGGGGUGCGGCAGGCAUACAAGGCUUACCUCAAGUGGAUGGCAGAAGGCGGCAAGGACCAGCAGCUGCCAGGGCUGGGACUGACCUACAACCAGCUGUUCUUUAUCAACUAUGCCCAGGUGUGGUGUGGGUCCUACCGGCCUGAGUUUGCCAUACAGUCCAUCAAGACUGACGUCCAUAGCCCCCUGAAAUACAGGGUGCUGGGCUCGCUGCAGAACCUGGCGGCCUUCUCGGAGGCCUUCCACUGUGCCCAGGGCAGCCCAAUGCACCCGCACCAGCGAUGCCGCGUCUGGUAGCCACGGGCAAGCCACUCUGCCAUGGUCCACGCGCACCGGCCGCAGGAGGCCAGGCGUCCCUUCUGCGUGCAGCUGGAGCAGCGGGCCAGGCCAGCACGCAUCCCACCCCGCACCGCCUGGAGUGCAGCCGCGGCACCCCGGUUGAGCGGGGCCACCU